AUGAAGGUGAUCGCAGCGGUUUUGCUGUGCUUUUUAAUUAACCGCACGACCCAUGGACAAUUCCAGAGUUGCCGGAAUCCCAACCAGCAGACUGGAUAUUGCGUGGACAUCACCAGGUGUGUGCCACUGUAUUCCGUGCUGGCGAAGAGUAAUCCUACAGACUCCGAGAUCCAGUUCAUGCGAGACUCCCGCUGCGGAUCUACCAAGAACAAUCCGCCAUUCGUCUGCUGCACUCAGGAUACGGACUACAAGACGACGCUUCCCGAUCAAUCCAUCUGUGGGGGCAACAUAGCCCAAUACCACAUCACUAGAGGCAAUGAAACCGUUGUCACGGAAUUUGCCUGGAUGGUGCUGUUAGAGUACCGUCGUCAUGGUGAACAACAAUUGGGAACUCACUGCGCGGGAUCACUGAUCAGUAGCCGAUAUGUUGUAACAGCGGCUCAUUGCCUGUCGAAUAACAAGGCCAUCUAUGGAGACAUAGUCUCUGUGAGAUUGGGCGUGCAUAACACUAGUGACAUCGUGUAUUCCCACAAUGCAGAGCGCCUACCGGGCCCUGUGAGAAUCGCGGUCGAGGAGAUCCACGUACAUGAAAGCUUCGGUACACGCCACAUGUCGUACGACAUUGGUCUGAUCCGCUUGGCGAGAGAGGUUGCCUAUUCGCCCAGCAUACGACCUAUUUGCUUGCCCUCGACUGUGGGUGUGCAAAACUGGCCAUCCGGUCAGGCGUUCACCGUGGCAGGAUGGGGUAGAACUCUCACCAGAGAAAGCAGUCCCGUCAAGAUGAAAUUGGAGGUAAUAUACGUGAAGCCUGCCCUGUGUCGUCGCUUGUAUGCUUCUAGACCUGCCGUGGAUGACUCCCACUUGUGCGUCGAAAGUAGAAGUCAGGGUGAUAGCUGCAAUGGGGACUCCGGCGGACCACUGAUGGCAUUCCGCGAGGGCGUUUGGGUCCUUGCGGGCAUUAUGUCCUUUGGCAACUACUGGUGCUCGGGAAGCUGGCCAGGUGUCUACACAAAUGCUCUUUUCUACGAAACGUGGAUCACGCAGCAUAUAAAACCUUAA